AUGAAGUGGGCAGAUAUUGGUCCUGAAGAGGGUAAGCUUGGCCACGAUGGACGUGGUGUUAGUAUCGAUCCACGCUCGGAUGAGGGCCUUGCCGGAUUUGAGCCCACGCUGUUCACUCUAAAGACGGCCCUGGGGCCGGAACCAACGCGAAAGAAGGUCAAUAAACUGCUCCGACGGCUCCUCAGCGAGCGUGCCCAGACGGUUGAAGAGCGCAUGUUUAACUAUCCAAGCGGCAAUCAGGGCGACGACCUGAUUGCCCUUAACAGCGAUAAUCACCGUUUUAUCAUGGUAUCCCAGGGAUGUGGACCUCAAGAUUAUGUCCUCAAAGCAACUGCCCAGAAAUCGGAGCCUGCGGCUUGGGUCUCCAUCCUCGAUGGUGAGCUGGCAGCAGUCCCAUCGAUGGGUAUGCCGCAGAUCUUCUUCGCCAGCAUGUCACAGCACGUCGUCUACAGCUUCCUGAACAUUUUUGACAUUUGGAAAGAUGAGGUGUCGCCAUACACACCUGCGGACCAGUGCCUUGCAUUUUGCGGCUCCACGGCAUAUACGCAAGGCAUGAUCGUUGCCGAGUCAUACCUCAAUGCGCUGAAGAAAAAUACGUUUGGCUUCGAACGGCCCAUUGUGCCCGGGGAGUGGUCCGACUGCUGCCUCAACCCUACAUGGAGUAGUGCCGAGAACGCAUUUGGGUUUAUCCAGGAAGCCAUGGCAGUCUUUGACUACUACGAGCACACCGACGUCAAGGCUCGCCACCAGUGGGCUUACGGUUAG